AUGGAAAACACCAACCACUAUCCUCAUUUCUUCAUCAUCACUCUCAUCUUGUUCACAACCUUCACAACAACAUGCAGUAGCUCCACAAACACAUCAUCAUCAACAACACCAUCUCCACCAAUGGCAACUCAAGAACUAAACAACAUUCUUGACGCACUCAUAGGUUCAGGAGACACAACCAUAAACAAAUGGGUAAGCAUAUUAUCAAUGUCAAAUCCAUUAAUAAGCCUAACACUCUUCAUCCCUCAACAAACACUAUCACCUUCAUCUUCCACAUUAGACCCUUUCGCUUUCCCUUACCAUAUCGUCCCACAGCGUCUCCCUUUCGCCGACCUCCUCCUCCUCCCUCGUUACACCCGUCUCCCUACUCUCCUCCCCGGUAAAACCAUCACCAUUACCGAUAAUUCCCUCGGUAACUUCACACUCGACGAUGUCCUCCUGACUCAUCCUGAUCUUUACAACACAUCUUCCCUUGCUGUUCAUGGUGUUGAGAGGCUUCUUGAUUACUCUACCAUUGGUGAUGCAUCCAUUAUGCCGAAUUCGCCAAACUUUUUGCCGGUGGGAGAAACAUGGAAGUCGGCCGCUGCCUUUUCGGCCGACGUUAAUAUCUUCUUGCUGGUCAUCUUGUUUGUUCUUCAGCAACUCGUCUUCUUUGUGUAA